AAAAUUCAUUAAAAUACAAGUAAAAUUUAAUUAACAAAAACGAACAAAGUACUGUUGUGAAACUGAUGGAGUAUGAAGUAGGCAUCGUGAUAGCUUGAGAAGUUUUGCACAUUGGUCGAUGACGAGAUUGAGAUUGAGAUUGAGAUGAGAUGAGAUAUGGACCACACUGUAUCUCUGAGAUCGAGUUUGACUUUUGGAGAAACGCUUUGUGCAGUUUUCAUUCCACUGAUCGGAAUAGCUGAAACCUUGUUUUAUAGCUUAGCCGGUUGCUUCGAUUUCCGUAGUUCAGAGCAGAAGCAGAAAGAGAAGUUCUCUUCUACAUUCGACGAUUUUCUUGCUCUCGCCAACGAUUCUCCUUUUAGUGUGAAUGAAAUAGAGGCGUUGUUUGAAUUGUACAAGAAGUUGAGUUGUUCAAUCAUUGACGAUGGACUAAUCCACAAAGAAGAGCUUACAUUGGCACUAUUGAAGACCACAGCUGGCAAGAAUCUUUUCCUUGAUAGGGUCUUUGAUCUCUUUGAUGAAAAAAAGAACGGCGUUAUAGAAUUUGAGGAGUUUGUGCAUGCUCUCAGUGUCUUUCAUCCUUAUACUUCUUUGGAAAAGAAAAUUGAUUUUGCUUUUAGAUUGUAUGACUUGAGACAGACUGGAUAUAUUGAACGAGAAGAAGUUCGACAAAUGGUGGUUGCCAUUUUGUCAGAAUGUGGCAUGGAUGUGGAAAAUGAAAUCCUUGAAACCAUUAUUGAUAAGACAUUUCAAGAUGCUGAUGCUGACAAGGAUGAUAAGAUCAGUAAAGAAGAGUGGAAAGAAUUUGUCAUUAAGAACCCAUCACUCUUAAGGCACUUGACUCUUCCUAAUCUGAAGGACAUAACCACAGUAUUUACCAGUUUCAUUUUCAACACCGGAGUUGAUGAUUCCCACUGGCAAGUCAAUGGCUAGUAAAAAACUGACAUCAAAGAGUGGAGGCUUGUUCUGGUUUGAUGCAUCUGUUGCUACUGUCCUGAGAAUUAGAUUCUGGCGAUAUUACUCUCCCAUUGAUUUCAAGUUCAAACAAAGAGUUAUUUUGAAAGUGGACAAAUCAACCAACCCUUGAGUAAAGGGGUGUUCCAAAAUCUGAUCCAAACCAAGUAAUCCGUUUAAAUUUGAUUACAUUGCAGUUUAGUGUACGACUUUGGUUUGGGGCGGUGUACAAAAUUUAAUGUACAGUUUAGAAAACCAUUUGAAUGAUUGAAAUGUGAUUUAUUUAGUAUUGAAACUAAAAUUUUGUUAGACA